AUGAAGCGCAAAGCAGAGGAUGAACCGCUAGGAUCGGAGACGCAUCCUGCAAAACAACCUUUCCCAGAGCGGGAUACCGUUCCACUUCCGCUGAUUCAGGAAAACCUGUCCCUGCUAGAGCUCGAGACAAGGGGUCCGAAGAUCAAUCUCUUCUCGGGGCCCGAGGCAAGGUACCGCGGACAGGGGGGCCCGUGGAGCCCGACGGCAGCUAGGAAUGCGACAAGGCUGGACGGGCAUGUCCCCAACAUUCCGAUAUCGAUAUCAUCACUGUCGAGCACAAGGUCGUCUUCGCCGUCUCCGCAGAAGCAAAGAGGCUUCUUGAAACAAAAUGACUCGACAUAUCGCACCAAUACGCUGUUUCGCGCCAGCAUCUUCAUCGAUGCGGAGAUGCCGAGGCCAGUCCGAGAGCUGGUCAGUAGUGUGCUAGAUGUUUCGAACUCUUCACCCAUGGAGACCACGGAUCUAGCAUCGAAGCUUCAGCGCGAAUCGAUCGAGUUGGCGGCGUUGCAAGCUGGGAAAGCUGAAUGGACGGAGAUCUUCCAUGAUGUGAUCAAGGACCUCAAGUCCCCGGACCUCCUGUCCGUCCGAAAUAGAGAUUGGCGUGGUGAUGUCAAACCUGAAGUCCACCAGCCGGCCGACACAGUUCUCCCCGUGUGGGGAGAAUCCGCGCCGGCUUCAUCUUCGGGACAGCAUUUAGGCGCGACAUUCUCCUUAAGAAACUCUCGACCAGAUGUUUCCGUAGGAAUCGCCGAUGCAGCGCUCGCAUCCGUAUUGCGGCCCGCCCGAGGCGACAAUGCGCGAUUCUUCCUAAAUGACCUCCAAGACACCGAGGCCCUCAUCAGCGACCCCGGUCUGGCCCGGUUGCAUCUACGCUUCCCAUUCUUUGUCAUCGAAGCCAAAUCAGGUGCCGCCGGCGGCAAUCUGUACCAAGCACAGAACCAGUCGGCUGUCAGCGGAGCAUCCGCGAUAAACAUCCUAAAAGGUGUAACCGAGCUUUACGAAUUGGAGUACCCCAAGCGCCACGGUGGGAAGGAGGCGCAUUCGACUGUUGACCUUCCCCUACUAGCCUUUUCCAUGACUACUGAGGGCCCUGUUUGUGAGAUCUGGGCCCAUUUCUGGGACCCAACGAGGAAGGGAUACUGCAUGACUAAUAUGGGCAUUUGGCGAACAACCAGUGAGGCUGGUGCUCGCGAGGUGGUUUCAAGAAUUGCUCGUAUCUUGAGAUGGGGCUCUGGUGGCCUUAAACAUGCCAUCACCGAACGACUCGCCAAUUUAUACAAGAUUUGGUCUUAA